CGGCCUUCCGACAUGAAGUCGAGGGCGGUGGGCCCUGGGCGGCGGCGGCUGCUGCUGCUGCUGCUGCUGCUACUGCUACCGGUGCUCCGAGCGGCGUACGUGCGCGGGGCCCAGGGUUCGCGCCGCUACACCCCGGACUGGCAGAGUCUGGACGCCCGGCCUCUGCCCGACUGGUUCGAUAAGGCCAAGUUCGGGGUGUUCGUGCACUGGGGCGUGUUCUCGGUGCCGGCCUGGGGCAGCGAGUGGUUCUGGUGGCACUGGAAGGGCGAGGGGCUGCCGCAGUAUGAGCAGUUCAUGAGCGACAACUACCCGCCCGGCUUCAGCUACGCCGACUUCGGGCCGCAGUUCACCGCGCGCUUCUUCCACCCGGAAGCCUGGACCGACCUUUUCCAGGCGGCCGGGGCCAAGUAUGUAGUCCUGACGACAAAGCACCACGAAGGCUUCACAAACUGGCCAAGCCCUGUAUCUUGGAACUGGAACUCUAAGGAUGUGGGUCCCCAUCGUGAUUUGGUGGGUGAGUUGGGAAAAGCCCUCCGGAAGAGGAACAUACGUUACGGACUCUACCACUCACUUUUAGAAUGGUUCCACCCACUCUACCUACUUGAUAAGAAAAAUGGCUUCAAAACACAGUAUUUUGUCCGUGCAAAAACAAUGCCAGAGCUAUAUGACCUUGUUAACAGGUAUGAACCUGACUUGCUUUGGUCUGAUGGAGAGUGGGAAUGUCCUGAUACUUACUGGAACGCUACGGCGUUUCUUGCUUGGCUCUACAAUGAUAGCCCAGUCAAGGAUCAGGUAGUGGUAAAUGACCGGUGGGGUCAGAAUACUUCCUGUCACCAUGGAGGAUACUACAACUGUCAAGAUAAAUUCAAGCCAGAGAUCUUGCCAGAUCACAAGUGGGAAAUGUGUACCUCCAUAGACAAGGCCUCCUGGGGCUUUCGUCGUAACAUGGUGAUGGGGGACAUUGCAAGUGACAGUGAAAUCAUUUCGGAACUGGUUCAGACGGUGAGCUUGGGAGGCAACUACCUUCUCAACAUUGGACCAACUAAAGAUGGACUGAUUGUUCCCAUCUUCCAAGAAAGACUUCUUGCUGUUGGGAAGUGGCUGAGCAUCAAUGGGGAGGCUAUCUAUGCCUCUAAACCAUGGAGGAUACAACUGGAAAGGAACACGACGUCCGUGUGGUAUACCUCAAGAGGAACAGCUGUUUAUGCCAUUUUCCUGCACUGGCCAGAAAAUGGAGUCUUAAACCUUGUAUCCCCUGUAACUACCUCGACUACACAGAUAACAAUGCUGGGGAUCCAAAAAGAUCUGAAGUGGUCCACAGAUCCAGAAGAAGGUCUGCUCAUUUAUCUGCCCCAGUUACCACUCUUUACUCUGCCAGUUGAGUUUGGUUGGACUAUCAAGCUGACAGGAGUGCAUUGAUCAUUGGAGUUCAGGCAGAACUGCCUCCUAUUUGCUGCUUUGGUUUUCCUUUUAUAGCACCAUCGUUGUAAUAAACUACUUCUCUACUCACAGAUGGCUUUUCCAACACAUUUUAAUCAAAGGAACUGAGUGCAUUAUACUGAUGUCUCAAUGGAUCAGAGAUCUGAGAUCCAUUGCUAGCAUACCUCUCCCUGAUCAGCAGGAGGCACUAACCAGUUAAGCUCUGAAUUCAUCCUUCUAUUCCUAACCUGGGAAAUGAUCUAUCCCGGAAACUUCCCUCCAUUCUCUAUGUUUGAAACCUGUCUCCUUAAUCAAUGACUUGAGAUAAGGAGUGAGCCAAGUGACCCUACUGCCUGUGGAAGGAGGUGAAAAGGAUUUGGCGAGCUCAACCAGAUGCUGUGUAUUUAGCAUCAGUUGUGACCAGCACCACUUGGAGAAGAGGAGAGCCUGGAAGGGAAGGAAAAGGCUUGCCAGGGUUGCUAGUGAUCAGCCCUUUGGAAGUUUCCAAAGCAAACCAGGGGCUCAGAAAGUCACAAGUAAACAGUGGUCUUAUGAAGAAAAUGAAUGUGAUUCUGCCCUGCUUUUUAAAAUAUCAAAUAAAUAAAUUUUUGUGUCAAAU